AAGAAAUGAAGAUCAGAUGAGGAAUGGACGUUAGAGAUAAAUUGCAAGAAAAAAACACAAAGAGAGAAAGAUAAAGAGAUAGGAUUUAUAUUAUAUGCUCAUUUUCCUUCUCAUGGCUGAUAUUACAAAACUUCUAAACUCCUCCUUCCUUCUCAAAUCCUCUCUGUCUUUCUUGGAAUUAGCGAUGCUCUUUCAUUUGGGCUCUUGUUUUUCUUUGGUUUCUCGUCUGUAGUUGUUGCUGGGAAGACAUUUUCUUGUUCUUGAAAGAAAGAGAGAUAUAGAAGGAUCGAAAUGGCUGUGUCCUUGGCUUUUGCCAAUCUUGCAUUUCAGUUUAAUGUUAAAGUUGUUGAAAAUCCCAUGUGUUUUGGCUUGGCUCCUACACAACUUCCUUAUUUAUGCAAGGAAAGAAGAAGAUUGCCAUUUUCCAGGACAAUAAUCAUUCCAGGAGCUUCAUCGGCUCCAACCAUUGAGGAUGGAAGUCAAAAUGACACCGGUGCAAUUCCAACUCCCAAAGUUAUAAUUGACCAAGACGCCGAUCCAGAUGCGACCGUGGUGGAGAUAACCUUCGGAGAUCGCCUUGGUGCUCUUCUGGAUACGAUGAACGCGCUUAAAAACCUAGGGCUGAAUGUUGUUAAGGCUAAUGUCUUUUUGGAUUCUUCUGGGAAGCACAACACAUUUUCCAUCACUAAAGCUAGUACUGGUCGAAAAGUUGAUGACCCUGAACUGCUUGAGGCCAUUCGUUUGACAAUCAUAAACAAUUUGCUUCAGUAUCACCCGGAAUCAAGUUCUCAGUUAGCAAUGGGGAUUGCCUUUGGAGUAGAGCCACCGAAACAGGUUGAUGUGGAUAUAGCAACGCGUGUAAAAGUCAAAGAUGAUAGUCCUGACCGAAGUGUUCAGCAUGUGAAACAGCAAUUGCUAAAGGGUCGAUUGUAUUUCUGUGGCAGCUUGCUUUUUGUGGAGGCAGCUGAUCGCCCAGGAUUGUUGGUGGAUCUUGUAAAGGCUAUCACUGACAUUAAUAUUGCUGUUGAAUCAGGAGAAUUUGACACUGAGGGGUUGUUGGCCAAGGCAAAAUUUCAUGUCAGCUACAAGGGUAAAGCCAUCAGCAAGCCUCUUCAACAGGUUCUUGCUAACAGUUUGCGAUAUUUCUUGAGGCGACCGUCGACCGAGGAGGCAAGUUUUUGAGCCAUGCUAGAAAAUGACCAGAUUCAUGAUCACGUACUCGACGCAGAUUAUAAUUUAAUCUCCACGGGGGAAAUGUAG